AUGGCUGGUGGGAACUUUAUGGUUGCUGAUGAAGGGGGUUGUGAGUACCCAGGGAAGUUGACACGUUACGUGGCCCUUACUUGUAUUAUGGCUGCAAUGGGAGGUUUGAUCUUUGGUUACGACAUUGGAAUUUCAGGAGGAGUUACUUCUAUGGAUCCUUUUCUCAAACUCUUCUUCCCUUCUGUUUAUCGUAAAGAGGCUCUCGACACCUCCACCAAUCAGUAUUGCAAGUUUGACAGCCAGUUGCUCACCCUUUUCACCUCUUCUCUCUAUGUCGCUGCUCUCAUCGCCUCCUUUGUUGCUUCUUUCGUUAGUAAGAAACACGGCAGAAAAGUGACCAUGUUCCUUGGAGGUCUCUUCUUCUUGUUUGGUGCCGUUCUCAAUGCUGCUGCAGUCCAUAUUAGCAUGCUCAUCUUGGGUCGUAUCCUUCUUGGGGUUGGAGUCGGAUUUGCUAAUCAGUCAGUACCUAUUUAUUUGUCUGAGAUUGCUCCCUACAAGUACAGGGGUACAUUCAAUGUUCUGUUCCAAUUGGCCAUUACCGUCGGGAUCUUGAUAGCUAAUAUCGUCAAUUUCCUUACUAACAAGAUCUCUGCCGGUUGGGGAUGGAGGGUCAGCUUAGGUGGUGCAGCCGUGCCAGCAUUAGUCAUUUUGAUUUCGUCCUUGUUUCUCGAUGAUACUCCCAGUUCCCUGAUCCAAAGGGGAAAAUCAGAGGAGGCAGAGCAACUACUGAAAAAGAUCAGGGGAGUUGACAACGUUGAUGCUGAACUGAAGGACCUUGUGGAAGCGAGUGAAGCAUCCAAGAAAGUACAACACCCAUGGAAAGUCCUUCUCAGAGUCAGAAAGUACAAACCCCAGUUGAUUUUAUCAACUCUGAUUCCGACAUUCCAGCAACUAACAGGGAUUAACGUGGUCAUGUUCUAUGCUCCCGUGCUUUUUCAAACGCUAGGCUUUAAGGCCAACGCCUCCCUCAUGUCCGCUGUCAUCACCGGGGCUGUCAAUGUGGGUGCAACUUUUAUUUCAGUGUAUUGUACAGACAGGUAUGGAAGGAAGGUGCUUCUCCUUACGGGUGGCGUCCUAAUGUGUGUAUUCCAAGCAUUAGUUGCAGGUCUUAUUGGGUGGAAAUUCGGAACUACAGGGGUGGUCGCCACUGUUUUGCCUCAGAGCUACGCAAUAUUAGUGGUUCUGUGCAUCUGCGUGUUCGUGGCUGCCUUUGCAUUCUCAUGGGGUCCAUUGGGAUGGUUAAUUCCAAGUGAGAUUUCUCCAUUGGAAGUUCGAUCUGCAGCACAAAGCGUCACUGUCUCCAUGAACAUGUUAUUUACGUUUGCGGUGGCACAAGUUUUCUUAAAGGUGUUGUGCUGGAUGAAGUUUGGGUUGUUCAUCUUCUUUGCUGCCUUUGUGUUUAUAAUGACUCUCUUUGUCUACUUUUACGUGCCGGAAACGAAGAAUAUACCGAUUGAAGAGAUGUCCCGAGUGUGGGGAGAGCAUUGGUACUGGAAGAAUUACAUGGAUGAACAAUCACCUGCAGAGGAAGUCGUCUAG